AUGGUUUCCGACGCCACCAAGACCAAAGUCAACAACUUGAUCAAAGAGCACCCUGUGGUGAUCUUUUCAAAGGACUACUGCCCAUACUGCUCCAAGACCAAGAGCACUAUUUCCGCUCUCACCGACCUGGCCUACAUUUUGGAGAUCAACACCAUCCCUGACGGCGCCGAGAUCCAGGACUACUUGUACGAGAUUUCUCAGCAGAGAACUGUCCCCAAUGUGUACAUCAACGGCCAGCACGUUGGUGGCAACUCGGAUGUUCAGGAGUUGAAGUCCCAAGGUAAAUUGGACGGCUUGCUUAAGGCUGCCCUUUAA